AUGAUCCUUCCAAACAUAUGCCAAUGUUACGAAGAAGAUGUAAAGAAGAACUUGAACAUCAGCGAAAAAGCUAUGGACAAAAGAUUUGCGGCCACCCUGACGAGUGCGGCCAGUUGGGCCGUACGAGACGUCAAACGUGCAGGAAAGUGUGAAAUAACAAAUAUGAGAUUCGAAAUAUCGUGUCUACUCAUUGCUCAUUUAGCAGCAACAACAGUCAUUGCUGCACCGAAUAAUAGAAACGUUAGAGACGUGACGGAUAUUCCUUCAUGGUACCUGCCGUGUGGUGAUGUUAUCGAACAAGGAUUUGACGGUGACUCUCAGCAGGAGUUGGACUCGAUCUUGAGCCAUUUAAAAUUGAUGCAUAAGAUCACGUUAGAGGAAUAUCUCUAUCACGAUUACGAGUAUCUUUACAACCGUGUCAGAAUCGGGGUUCAAGAACACCAGUAUAUUCCAAAUUGGUUACCAGGAAAGAAGGAUUCUAACUACAUCAAGAGGCUUGGAAAAAGUAGUCAGCAAACGAUCAUUAAUCAUCUACCAAAGUUACACAUGGACUUGCAAAAGUUUGCUGUUGCAUUCGAAGAACUGGUACAAGACGAACCCAUCUCUAAAACACAUGAUGCAUUGAAAGCUACGCAAUCUCAGAUUCUUAGCAUGUUGUGCGAAGUUGAGAGUACUAUUGCAGAUCUUCCAUCUUUACGUUUACCUCAACGGAUUGAAAGAAGUAUCAUGAAUCAAAGAGAAAGGGAUCCAGUUGACGAUACCAGAAGACUCGUUCGUGAUUGGGGUGUUUUAAUUAAAUACAAAGAUUAUCUUCACGCUUGGAGACGUGUCUUCGAUUAUUAAAAUGGACGUUUGGUUUUAUACGUGUGUAUGUGUGUUUAAAAUGGAGGAUACAAAUUCGUAGGAUUCUCCGAAAGGAAGAACUUUGAUAAGAAAAUGAUACGGAUGGUUGAUAAAAUACGCUGAUAUAAGAUUAAUUUAGAAAUUAUCCA